ACUCCGAGCGUUUACAGAAGCGGAAAUAUAGUCGUAGUGCGAUCCAGUCGGGUGACUUCCCAACAACUUUAGACACAGCGGCGAAAAGACAGUUUUGACAGUCCACGCCAAUUGUUGUUCGAAGCUAUUUUUGUCUGGAAAAAUUCGCCUUCGGAUUUCUACAGCGAUGAUGUACACAGGCUUUGCCACGGAGUGUGACUCCUCUUCCCGCUGCAGCACCGCUUCCCCGGCCGGAGACAACCUUACUUAUUACCCAUCUCCUGCAGCCUCCUAUUCCAGUGUUGGCUCUCCUGUUAAUCAGUCUCAGGACUUCACUGAUCUUUCCACUGCAAGUGCCUCUUUUAUCCCGACUGUCACAGCCAUCUCCACAACUCCAGACCUUCAGUGGAUGGUCCAGCCUACCAUUUCUUCAGUGGCGCCUUCCCAUAGCCGAGUCCACCCCUACAAUGCUCAGAAUUCAAACGCUGGUUACAGCAGGAUUGGGAUGGCCAAGAAUGCUAGACUGAAAGGAAACACUGGCAGGAGAGGCAAAUUUGAACAGUUAUCUCCUGAAGAGGAAGCAAAGAAGAGCAUCCGCAGAGAGCGAAAUAAGAUGGCUGCUGCGAAAUGCCGCAACAGAAGGAGAGAGCUUGCUGAAACCUUACAAGCUGAAACUGAUAAACUGGAGGAUGAGAAAUCUACUCUGCAAAAUGAAAUUGCCAGUUUGAUGAAAGCGAAGGAGCAGCUGGAGUUCAUCCUUGCUGCUCACAAGCCUAUUUGUAAGAUUCCUGAAGACCUGGACACUGGCUUUCCUGAGGCCUCUGUCUCCCCUGUGCAUAGCCUACAUGAUGAUCUGACUUCCAAGACACAGAGCACGAUCCCUGAGGCUUCCACUACUACAGCAGUCUCCUCCGAACUGUCCCUCUUCUCCCCCGGCCCCGCCGCUGAGGGUACUGUGUCGAUGGCCAGAGUUUCCAACCUGGACAGCUCCCUGGAGGAGUCGCUGGACCUGCUGGAGGCGCUGAAGUCAGCUGAGACAGCACGGUCUGUUCCAGACAUGGACCUGUCUAGCUCUUUCUAUGCACCAGACUGGGAGGCCCUGUACACUUCUUCCUCGACUGACUUGGAGCCCCUUUGCACCCCAGUGGUGACCUGCACCCCUGCUUGCACCACAUACACGUCUUCCUUUGUGUUCAGCUAUCCAGAGGACAACCCCCAUCCCACAUGUGGAGCAGCCCACAGAAGGGGGAGUAACAGCAAUGACCAGUCUUCUGACUCCCUCAACUCUCCCACCUUGCUUGCCUUGUGAAGAUGCUCAAUGAGCUUGGGGACUGUCAAUUCAAAAUAAUGUAGGAUGCACAGAUCCUAGGGCUAUAGCAUGGACUUACCUUAAGGUGUUUUUUUUUUUUUUUUUAGAUAUAAAGUAUCCUUCAAUGUCAAUUAUACUUUCUUGUAUGUAGCAUGUCAAAUUCAACAUACCAUAUUCUAAUUUAUGAGGCAUGUCAAAUCAUGCCAUGCUAAUGCAGUAUCACUGCAUCACUGUUUUAUUGGUGCUAGUUAGGUAUUCAAUUUCUUAGCACAAGCCACUAAAACUUGUUCAUUGCAAUAGUCAAUCUGAGCAUCAAUUUGUAUUCAGGUAGAUGGAAUGUAAGCAUAAUGUUUGAUAUUUAUAAAUACCAUACAUUGUCUAACACGGUCUGAGUGAUCCUAUAUAUCUGAAUGUGGAGAAUGCUUGUUUUCUGUGAAAACGCUGUGUUGUAAUUUAUAACGUUUAUUUAUUUUCUAAAACUUUUUGAAAUGGCUUGUCAAACAGAACAUUGUUGUGUAUAGCCGUAAUAUAACAGACAAUAAACAACUGAAAACAG